GUGGUGAUAGAGUUGCAUUCGAUGGUAUCAGUUAAAAAUUGGCCUAUAAAACGCCACUUUACAUCAUCAGUCCCAAACGCGUCGUCCAUCGACUUAAAUACGGUUCUCAAUUUCCCAACUUUUCUCCUUCCAUGAAGCUCUACAAUCCCUAGAUUUCUCUAUUCGGAGCCAUCCAUAUCCAUGCGGUUUCAUUGACGACAUCUUACAGUUUCUCAAUCGUCUUCUUCACCACCAUCUGGAAUUGCGGUUAGGUCUUUGCGAUUUUUGUGAUGGAGGGUAAUAAAGAUGAUGCUUUGAAAUGUUUGAAAAUUGGGAAAGAAUCUUUGGAAGCUGGGAACCGUACCCGUGCCCUAAAAUUUGUGAAUAAAGCUCUUCGUCUUGAUCCGACGCUUUCCGUUGACGAUCUCUUAUCGGAAAUUCAGAACGUUUCCAGUGAAGAUUUAGGUGGGGAUGCUGGUGAAUCUGGGAAUAGGUCGUCUGAUACCUCUUCUUCCAAACCGUCCGAUCAGCCUUCGAUUCGCCGGAGAGUUCCUGCAUCCGGGUCUUCUGAAUCUUCGACAUCGGCAAUUUAUACAGAGGAGCAGAUUGAGAUUGUGAGGAAAAUUAAAAAGAAGAAGGAUUAUUAUGAGAUUUUGGGAUUGGAGAAGAGUUGUAGCACUGAGGAUGUUCGAAAGGCGUAUAGGAAGUUGUCUUUAAAGGUUCAUCCAGAUAAAAACAAUGCCCCUGGUGCUGAAGAAGCGUUUAAGGCUGUAUCGAAAGCGUUUCAGUGUCUAAGUAAUGAGGAGAGUCGGAAAAAAUACGAUGUUGUUGGGUCUGAUGAGCCAGUUUAUGAGAGACGGACUACAAGACAUGGUGCAAAUGGAUUUAAUGGGUUUUAUGAAGGUGAUGUUGAUGCAGAGGAGAUAUUUAGAAACUUUUUCUUCGGUGGAAUGGCCCCUACGACAACACAUUUCCGUACUUUCAAUUUUGGCACUGGAAUGGGAAACAGGACAGCUGAUCAGGGCUCGGGUGGUGGUUUUAGGACUCUGAUUCAAUUGCUUCCUGUGCUGUUAAUAUUGCUUUUGAACUUCUUGCCAUCCUCAGAACCUAUAUAUGCUCUUUCCCAUUCCUACCCUUAUGAAUUCCAGUUUACCACUCAAAAGGGUGUCAAUUUUUUUGUGAAAUCAACAAAUUUUGAGGAAAAGUAUCCACCUGGUAGCCCGGAUCGUAUAGCAAUUGAGCGGCACAUAGAGAGGGAUUAUUUUAACAUUCUUGCUCAGAAUUGUCGUGUUGAGAUGCAGCGUCGUCAAUGGGGAUUUAUAAGAGAAACUCCAUAUUGUGAUAUGUUACAGAAGUUUCAGACAGCUGCUUCGUGAAUGAACUAAAGAUGGCUUCUACUGUUAAGCUGUAACUACAAAGGCGAGAUUGCUUUGUCUGCCAUUAACUCAACCAAUCUGUACAAAAAAGUGAGCCUUUUAUUUCAAAUGUGUUGCUUCUGCAUCGGAAGUUACCAUCAAAUGUCAGUGUCUGGUAGCUCGCGGAGUAAGAUGGUUGAGUAAAAUACUUGGAGACCAUGCUUUAGAUAGUGUGAUAAAAUUUUACAGUAUUGAAUUAAUACUACUAACGUGUUGUGGCGUUAUAAUUUUUACUGUGUCAACUUUGACUUUUGGUAUAUCCAUGUCAUCUAUGUUAUUUAUUUUUCAGUUUAUUUGGAUGGAUAACAUCAAUUGUUGAAAGGAAAUUGUUGGAAUAAAACUGAAGAACUUCAUUGAGUAAUCA